AUGGCCGAGAGAACGAGGGUCGAAGAGCUUGAGAAGCUUUUACGGGAAGCUGAGCUACGUGCCGAGAGUGAGCGGCAACGCGCUGAGAGAGAACAGCAACGUGCCGAGUUCGCAGACAGGCAACGGUUGGAGGAACAACGACGCGCUGAAUCUGCAGAGGAGCAGACCCGUCACACAACAUUGGACGAAUACAUCGCGGCUUGCCAUAGCCUUGUCUUCUCUAAAUUAGCGGUCGAAACCGACAAGUCGCUCACAUCAAAGGGCUCUAUCACAAACCCCAGGAACAAACUAUGUCCAACAAGUCUCCAGCCGUGGCCAGAUUUCCUGGAACAACAGAGGAUCGCUUCUGGCGUACUUUACGACGCGUUUCCCACCGAUAUGCGGGUUUUUGAGUCUCGGAACUUCCUGUCCGGCCUUGGAGGCAGGAUUUCGCAGCGGCCGAUCGCGAACGAGAAAGACCUGGAGUACUUCCUUCAUAACAGUGUGGAGGAUCCAGUUAGAUCCAUUCUGCAUCAGCUCGAAGAGGUGGAGCAUAUUCAAGCCGUUUAUGGGAUUGGAGGCGGCAUCAUAUUCGAAAAUCACCCCAGUGCCAUAAGCGAUGUAUCAGAGGAGGUCGUUAACCGUGAGAGCGCAUCGCCGCCGAGCACGCCAGAUCAGAAAUGGCCUUCUAAUCAACUCCGUCCCGACCAAAUUUGUGUCUACCGAUCUGAAGAUGGCCAGUCGCCAAAGCGUAGCAUGAUCUAUGUUUGCGAAUAUAAGGCACCUCACAAGUUGACAGCACAACAUCUGCGUGCUGGCUUGCGACCGAUGGACGUCUACAAGGAAGUUGUCAACCGCAAAACAGUUCCAACCUCGGCAGACCCGGAAGGCCGUUUCCAAUACUAUGCUGAAAGACUGACUGCCGCUGCCAUCUCGCAAACAUACCACUAUAUGAUCGAGGGUGGCCUCGUCUUCGGGCUCCUGACAACCGGAGAGGCUAUAGUCUUCCUCAAGAUUGACUGGGAUAAUCCGCAGACGCUGUACUAUCACCUGGCCGAACCCGGGCCUGAAGUGUCUGCACACCCUCGUAAUUUUCACUCCUGCACCGCUGUCGGACAGUAUCUGGCCUUUACCCUUGUAGCCCUGGCUCGUCACGGGCGGCGGCAGCAACACGGUCAAGAAGCGCGCCGGCAAGUAAUUCAAGGACUGAAAACGUGGGCAGAAGACUUUGAAAGCACCUUACGCUCCAUUCCGGCCAACGUGCGGCAUCCCCCAAGUGGCUCCCCUUAUCAACCGACUACGUACGCGACCUUCGAUAGAUCGCCAUAUCCCUUUCGCCAUAAUCGGCGGAAGAUCGACUGCGAAGGCCAGCUCAGCAACCAACCUACAAGAAGGGACUCUCCGGAACCAUCAGAUGAUGAAUCGGGAGGAAAACUGCCCGAUACACCCAGUCCUGCGGAGAGACGAGCUGGUGGUGGGGGUCGAGGACAGGCAAGACGCAGCCGGAGGAUUCAAGCUCGUCAGACACAAGAUGCUCCAUCAAGUCGGCGUACGGAGCAUGCCGUCCAAUAUUGCACGCAGAAAUGUUUGACCGGGCUGGUUCGCGGGGGGUUCCUUGAUAACGGUUGCCCUAAUGUAACCCUGCACGGCCGAGGGCUUGCUUCUAGCUUUGCUGGCUUGAGUGUGCGCCAUCCCGUCAGCCAUAGCAAGUGGCUGCAACUUUUGAGGAAACAGCUGGAAGUGUCUCUGGACGAUGGAGUGGUGCCUCUUGGUGAUGGCGGCUCACGAGGUGUCUUGUUUCGAAUCACGUUGCUCGCCUACGGUUAUACCUUCGUCGCGAAAGGGACUGUACGCGCAUUUAUCAAGGAUCUGGAGCACGAAGCCGCCGUCUACGAACGCCUCAAACCAGCCCAAGGAGUCAGCAUACCUGUAUUCUUGGGCACUGUCGACCUCCGAGCCAUUGACAAAAUCUACUACUAUGACUACCGGGUUUAUAUAGUGCAUUUGAUGUUUCUCUCAUGGGGGGGUUACAAGCUAGACGAUGCUCGGAUUGCCAGUGGCGCGGGGAAAAGGCUUGCGGAUUGGACAUUGCAGGCUUUGCGAUCGAUACAUUUACAAGGGGUUGUUCACGAUGAUAUCCGAGGAGCCAACAUGCUGUUUAACCCGGAAACAAACCGGAUCAUGAUUAUUGACUUUGAAAGAGCAAAAUUUGUGCAACCUCCUCGGCGUCCGCUGGCCCAGCUGGUACCAAACAAGCGGGCAUGGAGUUAUGAGGUACCCGACAAAAUGACCGGGGGGAAUGAACAUUCCGGUAGAUACCAGGGGAAAGUGGAUGUUGGUGGUGAUAUUCUGAUGGCAAGGUCGACAUUUUCAGAGCUCAAUUGGUACGAAGCAAAUGAUGCAAAGGCCGUAGUUUGUUAG